AGUGUAAUAUCUGCCGUGGUGCUGGUAUACUUCGAAGACUUAAUGAGACUUGUCCUAGAUGCAAAGGUGAAAAAGUUUUUCCUGGUAUGUGUUAUACUUGUGGUGGGGAUGGUGAAGUAACUUGUUCUCGAUGUGAGGGUAGUGGAUGGCUAUCUGACUGA